GGGUUGUUGCAUGAGGGUUUCCCUUCUGGCUGCAGGAAAACCCGCUCUGAAUAACGUGACACUGACGUCCCUCGGACGUGGUGAGGGGACCGGGUUCAACCCCGCUGUGCAAACAUGUGAGGGGAGUUAGUGAUUAACUGGCCCGGGCUGCAGCUCUGCACCGUCGCUCUGCACCAGUCCUGUCCUGUCUUCACCAUGCACGCCGUCCAGAACCUGGUCCAGAACCUGGUGCGGGUCUCGGCCCGGGCCCACAGAGCCGCGGCCCCGGGGUUCGGAGCGGGGUUCCGCCGGUACCAGGUCCGGACCGGAGCCGGGGCUCCCCGGCUGGACCUCAGCGGGAUUUACCCGCCCAUCGCCACUCCGUUCACCGCCAGGGAGGACGUGGAUUACCGGAGCCUGCAGCAGAACCUGCAGAAAUAUGCACAGAUCCCGUUUAAAGGUCUGGUGGUUCAGGGCUCCAACGGGGAGUACCCGUACCUGACGGAGGACGAGCGGGUGGAGGUGGUGAAGACGGUCCGGCAGUCGCUGCCAAAGGGGAAACUGCUGCUGGCCGGGUCAGGCUGUGAAUCGACCAGAGCGACGGUGCAGCUGACGGAGAAGAUGUCUGCAGCCGGAGCUGACGCCGUCCUCGUGGUGAACCCCAGCUUCUUCAAGGGCAGGAUGGGCAGCAGCGCGCUGAUCCGUCACUUCACCCAGGUGGCAGACAGCAGCCCGGUUCCUGUGGUUCUGUACAGCGUGCCGGCCAACACCGGGCUGGAGGUGCCGCUGGACGCCGUGGUGGAGCUUUCUCAGCACCCAAACAUCCUGGGCAUUAAAGACAGCGGAGGAGAUAUAACACGGAUCGGCCUGCUGGUUCACAAAACCAGCACGCAGGACUUCCAGGUUCUAGCCGGCUCAGCAGGGUUUCUGAUGGCGGCCUAUUGUGUUGGGGCCGUCGGCGGAGUGUGUGCCCUGGCUAACGUGCUGGGUCAGCAGCUGUGUGAGCUGCACGGUCUGUGUGCGUCGGGACGCUGGGAGGAAGCCAGAGUCCUGCAGCAGCGCCUCAUCCAACCCAACGCAGCCGUGACAAGAAAGUUGGGAGUUCCUGCCCUGAAGCAGGCGAUGGAGUGGUUUGGUUUCCAUGGCGGCGCCUGUCGAUCUCCCCUCCAGCCGCUCACGGAGGCAGAGACGCAGCAGCUGAGACGGGAUUUCUCCAGUAACGGGUGGCUGUGAGGGCCCGGGCUGGAAGUGUGUGUGUGUGGGG